AUGAAGCUUCUGAGUAGGAUUGUGGAGAAUGUGGAAGAAGGUGUGAAUGAGAUGAAAGAAGGGGAUUUGGUGGUACUAAUAUUCAAUGGGGAAUGUGGGGAUUGCAAAUAUUACAUGAGUGAGAAGACCAACAAGUGUGAGAGAUGUGGGUACACAGUGUUGGAUUCAGCAUGCGUCGUCAAGAUUCACGCUAAUGGUGAUUGGGACUUCAACCCCUUCACCAAUCACCUUGCUUAG